AUGCUUGAAAACCUCAACAAUGAAAGUUCUCAACAUGAACAGAAAGUCAUAGUUGAUCUUUUAGUUACAAAACGUCGUGAACAUCCACCUACUAAAAGAUUAAAAGGAUCUUCUAAAAAUCUAAACUAUAGAGGGCUAGUAUGUAAUUAUACAAUUGAUCCUCAAGAUUCUAAUCUUAGAAAAUACCUUUCUCAAAUAUUAAUCCAG